AUGGUACGCUUGACAGGUGCAACCAUACAGACAGAUAAGCAGAUCGUCUCCUUCUCAGAGCCAGACAACCUCCCCCUUCCGGCCAUCCGUCUGCGCAGUUCAGAUACCGUUCAUUAUGUGGAAGUAGCCACUAUCCUUUUGGAUUUGGAUCCCAGUCUAGUUGAUCGUGUUCACAGAAUUGUUGACGCUUUGGAAGCGGUACAGGAAAUCUCUCCUAUCAUUUCGCGAGCCAUCGCUGAAGCUGCAGAUAUUGUGGUGAUGGAUGACGACCGCUCUGGGAUUCAUAAAUGGCUUGGAGUGGAAGGGUGGGAUAUGAACCUGGGCCGAAACCACCAAAAAUCUUACCGUAGUGCGUUCUGUAGCGAUCAUUGUCGAAGUUUUCGUGCAUCUCCAAUUGAAAUCGCCUGUGCUUCUCUUCACGCAGUUGUUCGGAUUCCCAUUCCCUUAGAAUCUGUGCCUUCGUUACCCAGUGAAGAUUUGGACCAAAUGCGCAAGCGUUUAUGGGCCCAAACUGCAAGUAGACAAGAAUGCCCGUUGGCGUGGUGGAAACCUUGUCUUCGUUCGGAAUCUCUGGCUAUUCGUUUGUUUGGUCUUGUUGCAAACUUUGGAAAUAAUCAGGGAUACCCACCCGGUGUUAUGACUUAUCGAAUCAAGUUUUCCCAACUUGAAGGUAGUGACUCUAAUGUUAGCAAAAAAGCAAUGGAUUUCUCCAAGGAUUCAUCUUUCAAUGGGACCGAAUUCGACAAUAAGUCCUUUCUAGUUCUUAAAAAAACUUCAAGUCAGGGAGCUGCAAGUAUCUUCGUUCGCAUUGCUCCAGAGGAUCGUCGGUAUCUCAGUGGCCUCCCUGUAACAUCUCAGUCGCGUUCUCAUUAUUUAGCCGCGGUUUCAACUGGGAAUGUCACAAUGGCAACGCAACCUGAUGGGUCACAACAGAUGUCGUCGUCGUUGGCGAUGUCACCCGGACCUAAUGACGAUUCUUUUCCCUUAUCGGUCGAACCCUUUCAGAACGAGGAUAUUGAAGAGGAACUCAUAGCGAAUGUCAUAGCACAAAGUCAGCGAAGUCCCUUCAUUAGGAGAGCUAUGUUUUUGGGAGAGGAUUUACAGAACUUGUGGGAUAAGAAAUCCCUUUUACCCGGUGAUUCUGAACAUCUCAAAACCUACAACGUUGCAGCCUCUAACCAAUCACAAUACCUCGUGGUCUUGUCAAUUCCGGAUGUCUUGUUAAGGGUUCCCAAUGAAAGCGCCCUCGCUUUGCUCUACACUCGCCUACUGACUGACCUGGCACUGUGGAAAAGUCUGCUUCCUUCAAAACGGCGAACUCGAGCAGUACUACUAGUGGGUGGUGGCCUACGGCCGCCUUUCAAUGUUUCUGAUCAUCGUUACUGGUUCUACACUGAACCUGUCCCAAUUGGAAGCAUUUACGCGCAUCCAUCGGCUGCUUUGGCUGCCGAAGAACGACACAGAAAGCGCGCAGAUGAUCUUCGUUUUGGCGAGUCUACCGAGUCUUCUUCGACAGAAUCUGAUGCCAACGCCUUAACUACCCCACUGAGUCCAGAAUUAACGGAACAGUAUGAAUUUGAAGGCAUCCAUUCUCCUAGCCGAGUCUUUCAGUCUCAUCCCUCCUUCUUCUCGAUCUCCAUUGAUUCUUUGGAGGCUCAGAUUCGCCUCGACACCUCGCAGAAACCUUUCACCACCCCUUUGACUGCCAUCCUCGCAUCUCGCUCUGUUACCAUGACAACGGAGGUUAAUCCGUGCGGAAAAUCAGAUCUGGUCUACGUCACGCUGACUUGCGAUCAAAUUAAAGGUCAUGUGUCAGGUUUCACUGAAAUAAAAAACAAAUCUGGCGCUAACGAUAACUCCUCUACCCAAUCGAGAACCCACAUACCUCUGCUCCUCCCACUUACCCUCUCAAACGAUGAUACUGCUGAACCCAUGUUAUCCCUAGCUGUGGAGAAACGAUCCAUCCCUAUCUAUGGUCCACUUGAGCCUCUAGCUCCGAGCUAUUCAAACGAUAUUACUGUAGCACUUAAACUGCGUCUGGGAUGCCUCUGCUACUGGCCUUGUCUUCGCGCCUGGAUGGAACGAUUUUCAGGAUUACAAGUUGAUCAAAUUUCAAUGGAGUACGCCUCCCUCUUUUGUCCCUCUUACAACAUCAAGAUUCACUGGCAUUUGGAGAAUUCUGUUUUUCAUAUGCCUCCUGUUUGCGCUUUUGAUGGAAUUGUGGAUGGUGAAAGGAUGGAAGCCUCUCCUAUCAGUCCAGCACCUACUCCCGGUCUGGACUCUCUUCGACCGUUGAUUUUCGCGCAAAAUGUGACGGCAUUUUCGAAAUUUGUGACGCCUACUGGUCACAUCGCGUUUUUUGAGAGAACAGCUUUGUGGUUGACUCCUUCGCAGCCAGUAAUUUCGGCCAAGAAGUCACAGAAGCUUCGGAUGCCAUCUGGUGAACAGCAGGAUGGCCUAUCGCAAGCCGUAUGGAGGGAGGUUAAGGCUUUAAAAUGUCUUCUCGGUGACGAUCUAAACGCCAUUAUCCACCGGUCUGUCAAGGUUAUCGAUCUAGACAACUUGGAGCUGCGUUUUGUCUCUAAAGGUGUUGACAGUGACGGCGCUAAUCAGACGCAUUCCCCACACGUGGAUGUUCGACUGACCAUCAACUUAAUUCGACUCACGACCUGCUUGGACAGCUUGGUUGCUCUUCGACUAAUUUUGGAGGGUUUUAACCGAUCUCCUGAAUCUCCACCACCAAGGAAACCUUCUGAGUUUCCCGUUUUAAUUAAUCCCCCUCUUGGUGACGAGUCAUCGAGACGAUCGAAAAUUGAGAACCUCAUCUCGGCAGCCAUCUCCGAUGUUGACGUAGUAAAUUGUCCCCCCCUUUCGUGUUUAACCAUCACCCAAAACGAGGAAGAUUUCGUGGUGAUUGCUAAAGAGUCCUCCGAAAUGCCUCCCCCUCGUCAGCCAGUGAAAGUUCUUAAGGAUGGAACUCAAGUUAUGUCCUAUUCUCCCAUUCUAAACAUCUGCGAAGACUUCUAUGGGGAAAGCAAAUGUUUAACUCCCAUUCCCAAACGACAAGGACUAUUCUCAGAUCCCUUUGGCAGCGAAAGUCUAUUUGCCUUCACCAUUUAUGACGUUUCCGUCGAGUGGACCUUCUUUGGAGGUCUAGAUUUUCCUUCUUUAUGUUCUGGCACUGAUGUGGAAGAAAAUCUUAGACGGUCUUUAUCAAUUCCCAACCUUUGUGCACUUUCAAGUUUCUGUCGACAGAAUGAUCAGAAUGCAACCCUUCGUCUUUCAAAUGUAUACUUUCGCAAAUCCAUAUUCAAUCCACCCGCCGACUAUCAACCAUUUCGACAUAGAACUAGAAAGAUAUCCAACUUCAGCGGGUCUCCUUUUUCCAUCGUCCCGAUUUCAAAUCAUCCGGUGGAACGAUAUGCUCUACGCAUUACGGAUUUGAAGAUUGUGGACGGUUUGCCACAAUCGAUGAUCAACCAUCUUUUUCAUGUUCAACAAGGUCGAGCAAGAGAAGGCAGUCGUUUUAUUGAAGCUGUGAGAGCCACUGUACUAAUGUGGCCCUCUUCCACCCCUGUGAUCACAGAUUACGAAGCUGAAGUAAAAGUCUCCAUCCAACCGCUUCAAAUCAAUCUGGAUCAGGCAAUGUUUGUAUUUUUGCGUGCUCAUCAUACAGCCCUCACCCAAUUGACAGAGCGAUACCUGCAGGACAUGGAAAAGCGGGUGUGUCUCUUUUGCGUUCGUUCCAGUUCCGCCGAAGGAAAUGGAGAAACUGCAUCCAUAUCCUUUCUCCCUCCUACCAGCACCAGCUCAGAAGAUGAAGACCAGCCUAUUUUCUUCAAGCGGUUGACUCUUACUCCUUCUCUUCCUAUACGAUUUAACUAUCACGGACAUCAGUUGGAUCUGUCUCAGGGCCCUCUCAUUGGUCUACUAGCAUUGUGCCUUCGGUUAAAGAAUGCAGAAUUAGUUCUUCCUCGAUGGGUGUAUCAGAGGGGCUAUAGAGGUGUCUAUAGUCUUAUCGAAGAAAUCAUUUCCCAUUGGACAUCUACUCUGCACGAUAAUCUACUACAAAUUUUGGCCACCAGUAUUGGACCGAUGAAUGAAAUCUCGAGCAUUCUCGUUGGGGUACGAGACUUUGUUCUUCACUCGGUGACUGCUUUUGCAACGCCACUUCGAUCCUUCCAUCGGAAUAGAAAUCAGUGUCUGCGUCGUCAGCAGUUAGCACGUCCCUCAGCAGAUCAGGUGGUGCAGGGUCUGCGAAGCGGCGUCCGAGCUCUUUCGGACAACGCCGUCUGGCCGAUCGUCGAGCUGUCUACUGAAGGCGUUCGAACCGUCCAAUGCCUUUUUGAGACUGUCUUCGACGUUCUCUCUCCCGGUCCGUCAAUCCGCAACCGCCGUCUGGGUCAUGUGAAACAAACAAAUACUUCUGUUUCCUCUUACUUCACCAAAAACAUUGGUUUGUCUAAAAGCGGGGACGAGUUGACUUCAGCAACGACCACUCAGCCCAACGACCUGCGAGAAGGCGCGGCUCUCGCUGUACAAACGAUCCGUCGCAACGCUGCUCACUUCGCCGCUGACUUCAAGGCCUCCUUUGCCGAUCCUGAUCCCCAAAAAGGCUCCGUCGGCGCCUUGGGUGAUGUUCUACGACAAAUUCCCCCAGCCACGGUCGUUCCCUUCGUCAUUGGCUGUGAGGUUGGUGCAAACCUCUUACAUGGUUUGCGAAAUCAACUGCGACCGGAGGCAAAGCUUGAGGAUAGAGAAAAGUGGAAAAGUGGAUCCAAACUCUGA